GCCAUUAGUACUAACGUCCAUUCCCACAACACGCCAAAUUCCAGUGUCCUCUUUAUACUAAAGGCUGUUGAAACCAAAACACAAAUUUACACUUACAAGAUUGUAGAAACAUUGUGAGUCGUCCCAGAACGGAUAACUUAAAAAUAAAGCAAAGAAAUCAUAGUUGUAGUAGAAGAUAAGAUGUCGAAGGGUGACAAGGUUGAGGUUUUGGACUUUUGGGCUAGCCCAUUUUGUGGUAGAGUGAAAAUUGCUUUGGAAGAGAAAGGGGUGAAGCAUGUAGCCAGUGAAGAGGAUGUGUUUGGAGCAAAGAGUGAACUUCUCCUGAAGUCAAAUCCCAUUCAUCAAAGAGUUCCUGUGCUUUUGCACAAUGGCAAACCCCUUCCUGAGUCUGCUAUCAUAGUUAGCUACAUUGAUGAAGUCUGGCCUUCCAAAUCCCUGCUUCCAUCUGAUGCUUAUGAUCGUGCCCAAGCCAGAUUCUGGGUUGAUUACAUCGAUAAAAAGGUGUUUGAAACUGGGAGGAGCAUCUGGGCAAGCAAUGGAGAAGAGAGAAAAGUGGGGACUAGGGACUUCAUUGAAGUUUUGAAGCAUCUUGAGGAAGCUCUUGGGGAGAAGGAGUAUUUUGGUGGUGAUUCCUUUGGGUAUUUGGACAUCAUAGCCAUUCCUCAUUCAGCUUGGUUUUUGGCCUAUGAGGAGCUUGGGGGCUUCAAAGUUGCAGACCAUUCACCAAAGAUCUCAGCUUGGGUUAAGAGGUGUUUGCAAAGGGAAUCUGUUGCCAAAGUUCUGCCAGACCCACACAAGAUCUACCAGUUUGUUCUUCACUUCAGGAAGAUGUCAGGGCUUGAUUGAUGAAACAUGAAUGCUUGUUAUGACAGUCAAUGGUUCUGGCUUGUUCCUGGUUUUUCUCAUUGUAUUGGAAUUUUCUGUUUUAGUCUUUAGCCAACUCUCAUAUAUGAUGAUGGCUUUAAUUAAAAUAAGGGAAAUAAGGAAUAAUAAUUAAUAACAUCUGGGUAUGUAUGCUUUUCAACUGCAUUGGUAAUGCUAACAGAUGAACUAUUUUCCAUAACUGUUAGGUAAUAUGUUGCUCCUUAAACCCUUUCUCAUAUAAAUAAAAACAUUGAAGAUUUUUU